AUGGAUCGUGAGCAACCUGGGACAUUUCAGGCCGACGGAGACCUCCCUUCGCCUCUCCAACAAACUGCGCUCCCCAAGUCCAACACCUGGCCGAGAGACACCAUGCCGCCUUCGCUUGAAGCCGCCGUGGAUGAACCGGUACCCCCCUCGCCUGGGUACUCGGAUUACAGUAGCAGGACCGGCUCUGUCGUCGAAGAAAUAGAAACGGAAGGCUUCAUCCCCCCGCGGCCACCUCCGAGGCCAGCUUUUAGCCAGUUACCAACCACAUUUGCCCCGACCGACCAGAAGGGGCCACAAUCUCUAGAUGAUCGGGGUUCGUUGCAGCCAUUGCGGGCGCCGCCUGAGGUGCCCAUCAUUCCUCAAGCUCGAAAAUGCACUUUUGAGCAGUUUGUCAACCGCUUCUCCCCUGAAGAGUCGGGGUAUGCCAUCGAGUAUCUCGAGGCAGGGACGGAACUCGGCUUGGAAAUGGCCAAGGAGGUGGCGAGAAGGCGUCUGGGGAAGGUCAAAGGGUACGAAGGACAAAACGCCAUCGAAUACAAGAGCCGGCGUUUCGACGGCGGUCUUUCGAGUGGCACCUGGCUGCAAGCCGUCCGGAUCCAGUCACCAGCAGUUCUUAACACCCUCGCCGAGGUCACGGGCUACAACUGGGGCACGGAACCACACACGUUUAUGCGGCCGUUUGGGUACUUGAUCCACUUCCAGCCCAAGAUCAGGGAGAAACUAGCUGCGCUAGAAGCCAUAGCGCUAGAGACUGACGACGCCGCUCACCACGAUGCGGUGGAGAACCUGCAGUGUUAUGUGGCGUUCGUCGAGAAGCACCUGAUGCCCCUUCUUGACCAGUUCGCUGAUGCCGACCACGCCAACCCAAAGCGCAUUCGGUACGAGGAUCUGUGGUAUCUAUUCAAGCCCGGUGACUUGAUUUACCUCCCGCGGAGCACCCUGGAGAAGAUUCUCAAAGGGCGCAACAACAAGCACGAAAUCAACGAAUCCGCCAUCUAUCAAACGAUCUGGCGACUGGAAGUGUUUUGGCCCCACGAAGGCGAUCUGACGUUGCCGAUGCUGGGCAGCUCAUCGUCCGACUGGGAGGCCAAGACGCGGCUGUACUUUGUCGACUACGACGGCACCGCGUACAAGCCGGUGUCGAUCGACGUGACAAUGGAACACUUUGACGGCGAAAAGGACAUCCGCAGCUUGGAGGUGUUCCCAAUCCGGUUCGUCUCCGACAGCCAGGCUAACAUCGAACGGAGCCGGGAGCUCGGCGAGAAGUUCACGCAGUGCGUUGAGCAACGGCACGUAUCGUACAAGGCGUGGACGCUCAUGAACGAACCCUUGGGGUGGCGCUAUAUCAACUCGAACACCGGACGGCCGGCCACCAGCCCGGACUUUAUCGACGGAGACGUCAUUAUCGAUUUCCACGAAGGGUUCAAUGCGCACCCACAGUUCAAAUACAGUUAUGGAUUGCCAGAGAAGUGGUCCAGCGACGUCCUGACGACACGAGACAAAUUCCCGAUCCUUUUGUGGUCCGACAGCUCGCGGUCCAAGCUCGUAUCGGAGUGGAUCAACGUUGUGGUGUCGGACGACGAUAUCGACUUCCUCGAGGGCAAGGAGUUUGGGGAGAAGCAUCCGUAUGGGCAAAACGGCGUCGACAAGCCCCCGCCCGCGGACCUCGUCUUGCUUCCACGGCGCCUUCUCGGUUACGGGCUUCAAGAACGCAAGUUCUUGUUCCUCGACGUCGACAAAGUCACACUGAAGCCCGAGGACGAGUUCGAUGCGUUUGACUUCCUUGAGAUUGAGCCGGCCAACAAACACGUUAUCCACUGCCUACUGACCGACCAUUUCAACACCAAAGAAGCACGAAAGAUGGGGGAGAUUGCGAGCCAAGACCCAAUCCGCGGCAAAGGGCGCAACCUCGUCUUUCUCCUUCACGGGCCCCCAGGUGUCGGCAAGACGGCGACCGUCGAGGCGGUGGCUCAAAAGUACCGCCGCCCGCUCUUUGCUAUCACGUCGGGUGAUCUCGGGUCGACGCCAGACGCCGUUGAGUCCUCGCUAACUGAAAUCUUUCACCUCGCCAAUGUGUGGGACUGCAUCCUGUUGCUAGAUGAGGCCGAUGUGUUCCUAGAAGAGCGAGAGAAGAGCGACCUUAAGCGGAAUGCUGUUGUAUCAGUGUUCCUCCGCGUCAUGGAAUACUACAAGGGCGUACUCUUCCUGACUACGAAUCGGCCUGGCCAGCUCGACGAAGCGAUCAAGUCCCGCGUCCACUGCGCCCUCCUAUACCAAACACUGAGCAAGGAACAAACGCUCCAGAUCUUCAAAUUGAACAUCAAAAGACUUGAGUACAUUGAGAUGCAGCGCGGAAAGGUCCAGCCCGACUCCUCGCAACCCCACUUACAGGCCGACAAGACGGGCAUCCUGGACUUUGCAAAACGGCACUGGUCCCAGCACGAAUACGACGAACUCGGCCGCUGGAACGGGCGGCAGAUCCGCAACGCAUUCAUUCUUGCCGCAGCACUCGCGCGCGGUGAUGCAGACAGCACCGAAAGUCGCGGGCGGCCAUCGGUUGUGCUAACAGACCGCCACUUUCAAAACGUCGCCAACAACAUCACGGCCUUUGACAAGUACAUGGCCCGGGCCCGCGGCGCACUAGAUUCAGAGCGUGCCCGUACCCGCUCAGACCGGCCUGCGCCCGAGGACGACUCGGACUCGGUGCCCAACCGGCGGUCCUCACGGAACCCAAAUCUCAAGCGUCCGUCAUACAGCAACCUCGGCGCGACACCACAAACGCCGACGUCCUCACGGCAGUACUCCCUCACCCCCGUCUCCCCAACUCCACCGUAUUACCUCCAGCCGUCCCCCCCGGCACCACCUCCGGCACAACAACCCGCACAACAACCCUACGCCGGUGGGUACGCAUACCCUGGUCACCCGUACGGGGGUCCCGUCGUUCCUGUCCCAGUGUGGCCACCUUCAACGCAGCCGGGCGUCCAAGGACCGCCACCGACCAUACAUCAGGUGCCUCCAACUCAACAAUACCAUCAAGGUGUGCAGCAAGGCAGUGAAGGAAUGGGGUAUCAGGGCAGCACACAGCAGGCGCCACAAACGCCAGAGAAUCACAAUUCUCAAACUGCGCCGAGAUAG